CCUCCCCGGGACCGAAGGGAGCUGAUGGAGCACUGGCCUCUACAGCUGGGGAACCUGCCUGCCUACUGGUUCCCUCUGACCACAGAGUCAGCCAUGAAGAUGAUAGAGGAUAAGAACACCCUGGUCUUCAUUGUAGAUGUCAAGGCCAACAAACAUCAGAUCAAGCAGGCUGUCAAGAAACUGUAUGAUAUUGAUGUGGCCAAGGUCAACACAUUGAUCCGACCCGAUGGUGAGAAGAAGGUUUAUGUCUGUCUUGCUCCAGACUCUGAUGCAUUGGAUGUAGCCGACAAGAUUGGAAUAAUCUAA